AUGGAUACGUUCGCGAUCACAGAAGGCAUCGUUCCCGGGUCGAACAACCAAGAUGCCGAAAAGGACACCGGGAAACUCCCCGAGGGGGCCAACAAGUUCCAACGUGCCAUUGCAGCCUGGCGAGGCAUUGAUCUGGCCGGCACUAUCGCGAAAUUAGACGGCACCGCUUCGGACAUUGUCGCACAGCAACGUGAUUCCCUCGUCCAAAGGAAGGAUCUCGCUCAAAAGACCAAGGACUUCAAGAAACUUGAUGACGCAUCGAAGUUAGCUGAACACAAGGGACUCUUGAAAGCCUACCAGGGUUUUAUCGACGUCUUGACAAACCAAGGCAAAUCUUCGUCCUCUGCAUUCCUACAAUUAUACUCUUCGCUAUCGGAAGCGCCUGACCCAUACCCACUUCUCGAGGCCUCGGUGGAUUCGCUUGUUGUGUCGGAAGAAACGGUCCCAAAAUUGACCUCGGAGAAAGAGCAACUGCAGAGUUCCGUGGAUCGUCUAACUUCCCAAUUGGAGAAUACGGAGAAACGACUGGAAGAAGAACGGGCCGCGCGCAAGAAAUUGGAAGAGAACCAAGACAAUAGGAUAAAGGAGGUCGAAUCAUCAUGGUCAGCCGUGUUGACGGAAAAGACAAAUAACUGGGCUGCGAAAGAGAAGAGCUUGGAGGAGAAAGUAGAAAACCAAGAUCGUUUGUUGAAGGAAGUCAAAGCAAGCUAUGAGGUAUCGCAGCGUUUGGACCAGGACAAUGGUGGGGAUAAUUCUCGAAACGGCGCUACCGCAGCCGAAUUGGAGCUGGUCUCUACCGACUUGGAGAAGACCAGCCUGCGAUUGGCAGAAGUGGAGGCUCGGAAUGAGCAGCUGAGACUUGAACUUGCUCAGGCAGUUUCGCAUCCACAGCCAGAGCAGACUUCUGUUGAGGACGACCCGUCGUAUCUUCGCCUGCAGUCGGAGAAUUCCUCCUUGCUUCGCAAGUUGGAUGCAGCCCGGUUCGAUCGAGACUCUGAGCGUCAUUCGUGGGAGACCAAGCUUUCGCAAUCUGAGAGACAGAGCUCAAAGGCAGCCGCUGAGAAGGAAGAGCUGCGGUCAAGGUUGGAGAAGAUGGCUGACUAUGAAGAUAUCCGCCGGGAGCUUGAAAUGAUCAAGUCUAUCGAAUUUGCCGCGGGUGAUGAUGACGAUGCGGCAGACCUUGAAAACGAUACCGUCGACGCUGCAUCCAAUGGCGCUGCAUCGAAGAAAGACGGUAACAAAAACAAUAGCUUGGAACAGCUGCUGAUGGCUAGAAAUAAAAAGUUGACGGAUGAACUUACCAUCCUGAGGGUAUCUCACCGUGAUCUCCAGGGUCAGCUUGAAACACUACGCAAUGAUCUCACUAGCACGAAACAAGAGUUGGAGAAAUCUCAAGGUCUCUCGACGACCCUUGAGAAUGAUCUUUUGCGGAUGCAACAAGAAGCAGCUAAUGCUUUCCCGACUUCGGCAAUGUCUGUGGCCGGCACUUACACAUCAAGACAUCCUCGCUCAUCGCGAAGAGGAGAAACAUCACCAACAUCGUCAAUCAUAUCAGGCUUUGAUCAGACUAUGACAUCCUCCAACACAAUGGACUCCUUGCGCACUGGAGAACCUUUUGGAGGGGGCUCUGGUAUAUUGCCUAUGAUCCAAGCCCAGCGAGACCGUUUCAAGAAGAAGAACUCGGAGCUUGAAGAAGAAUUAUCGAAGAUGUACGAUACAGUGAAGUCUCUGAGACAGGAGAUUGCUUCUCUCCAGCGAGACAACCUCAGUCUCUAUGAAAAGACGCGAUAUGUAUCCGCGUAUAGCCGGGGUCAUGGAGCAUCAUCCUCCGUUUCUGCCUACGGCAAUAAACCAAACACUACCUCUGUUCAUCUCUCACCGGACACGCCAUCAGGGCUGUCUCUCGACCGAUACCAAUCUGCCUACGAGGCACAGAUCUCUCCAUUUGCCGCAUUCCGGGGUCGAGAAUCAGCACGGGCAUAUAAGCGCAUGAGUCUCCCGGAACGGAUUGUAUUUUCUCUCACCCGCAUUAUCCUUGCCAAUCGGACUAGCCGGAACCUCUUUGCAGGGUACUGCUUCGCUCUCCACAUCCUCCUCUUCGUGAUCCUAUACAUGAUGAGCACGGUCGAAAUUGAAAAGCAUAGCAGUUCCAGUCUAGGCGCAGCAGCCGCAAUGGCUGGGACCGCUGCUGGUUCUGGCGGCAGUAGUGAUUAUGUUGCUGGGGGGCAGUUACGGGGUGAUGAUUGGCAGCCGGAGGGAUUCAAUGGUGCAUGA